CGGGAGCAAUGCGGACAGCGGCCUGAGAACGCGCUAAAGCACUCCGAGCCGUGGACCAUGCCGCGUCGCUGCAGCGGGGAGGGGGGCAAGCCAGAUUUUUUUUGACAUAAAAGCAAGCCAGCCAAAUAUAUAUAAUUUCACCCUUCACGGAGCCGGUGUGUAAAGAGUGAGCGCUGUUUUCCUUCUCCUCCUCCUCUGCCUCCUCCUCUGCCGCCUCCUCCUCCUCCUCUCCCUCCUCCUCCUCCCUAAGUGUACAGACAGCAUCACAUCACCUGGUUUGCUUCUGAGAAACAGCAUCUCUCCUUUUCAGGGACCAGAGACUCAGAGAGAGGGGACAUUCUAAUGGAGUCUGCUUGAUCACCCCAAUAUCAAAUAAUAAAUUUUGACUCUCGUCCCCUCCUCCCACCCCCUCCCCUCAACCCCGUGUGAGAUGUUGGGUUUCUUCUUCACGAGACAUUGGUGAGAAGUCGCAGUGGUUGGAGAGGCGUAGUGGGUAGACUACCUCUACUCCCCCCCCGCCCCCCUUUUUUCUCUCUGGGAGGAGGAGGAGGGGAAGGGGGGUUGCAGAGCAAGCGAUGGAUGAGGAAAACAUGACGAAAAGCGAGGAGCAGCAGCCUCUGAGUUUGCAAAAAGCCCUACAGCAGUGCGAGCUGGUUCAAAACAUGAUAGACUUGAGCAUCUCAAACCUGGAAGGACUUAGGACCAAAUGUGCUACCUCCAACGACCUCACACAGAAAGAAAUCCGGACCCUGGAGAGCAAGCUGGUGAAGUACUUCAGCCGGCAGCUGUCCUGCAAAAAGAAGGUGGCCCUGCAGGAGCGCAACGCCGAGCUGGAUGGCUUCCCCCAGCUCCGACACUGGUUCCGGAUCGUCGAUGUGCGCAAGGAAGUCCUGGAGGAAAUCUCCCCUGGCCAGCUGAGCCUGGAGGAGCUGCUGGAGAUGACUGAUGAGCAGGUGUGCGAGACCGUGGAGAAGUAUGGAGCCAACCGCGAGGAGUGCGCCCGCCUCAACGCCUCCCUGACCUGCCUCAGGAACGUGCACAUGUCAGGAGGCAACCUUUCCAAACAAGACUGGACCAUCCAGUGGCCUACCACGGAGACCGGGAAGGAGAACAAUCCUGUGUGCCCCCCGGAGCCGACCCCGUGGAUCCGCACCCAUCUUUCCCAGAGCCCCAGGGUCCAGGCCAAGUGUGUCCAGCACUACUGUCACACCAACCCCACUCCAGGGGCUCCUGUGUACACCCACGUGGACAGGCUCACUGUGGACGCCUACCCAGGCCUGUGCCCACCACCGCCACUGGAGUCUGGCCACCGAUCCUUGCCCCCAUCACCCCGACAGCGGCACACAGUCCGCACCCCGCCGCGCACCCCCAAUAUUGUCACUACCGUGACGCCACCUGGCACGCCGCCCAUGAGGAGAAAGAACAAGCUGAAGCCGCCGGGGACUCCGCCGCCCUCCUCCCGAAAGCUGAUCCACUUGAUCCCAGGCUUCACGGCUUUGCAUCGGAGCAAAUCGCACGAGUUCCAGUUGGGGCACCGCGUGGACGAGGCCCACACGCCCAAAGCCAAGAAGAAGAGCAAACCCCUGAACCUCAAGAUCCACAGCAGUGUGGGCAGCUGUGAGAACAUUCCUUCUCAGCAGCGCUCCCCGCUCCUGUCCGAGCGCUCCCUCCGCUCCUUCUUCGUGGGACAUGGCCCCUUCCUGCCCUCCACCCCUCCUGUCCACACGGAGGCCGGCUUCUCUGCAAACACGCUGUCAGUGCCGCGCUGGUCCCCGCAGAUCCCUCGCAGAGACCUGGGCAACUCCAUCAAGCACAGGUUUUCCACCAAGUACUGGAUGUCUCAGACAUGCACAGUCUGUGGGAAGGGAAUGCUUUUUGGCCUCAAGUGUAAAAACUGCAAGUUAAAGUGCCACAACAAAUGCACCAAAGAAGCCCCACCCUGCCAUCUCCUGAUCAUCCACCGAGGAGAUCCAGCAAGGUUGGUCCGGACAGAGUCAGUCCCAUGCGACAUCAACAAUCCUCUACGGAAGCCACCCCGGUAUUCGGACCUGCACAUCAGUCAGACGCUCCCCAAAACCAAUAAAAUCAACAAGGACCACAUCCCUGUCCCUUACCAGCCAGACUCCAGCAGCAACCCCUCGUCCACAACAUCUUCUACGCCCUCCUCGCCAGCGCCCCCGCUUCCUCCCAGCGCCACACCGCCUUCUCCUCUCCACCCUUCCCCACAGUGCACAAGGCAGCAGAAGAACUUCAACCUGCCAGCAUCUCACUAUUACAAAUAUAAGCAGCAGUUCAUCUUCCCAGAUGUGGUGCCAGUGCCGGAGACGCCGACUCGGGCACCCCAGGUCAUCCUACAUCCAGUGACCUCGAAUCCAAUCUUGGAAGGAAAUCCAUUACUUCAAAUUGAAGUGGAGCCAACCUCGGAGAAUGAAGAGGGCCACGAUGAGGCUGAGGAGUCAGAGGAUGACUUUGAGGAGAUGAACUUGUCUCUCCUCUCAGCCCGGAGUUUCCCUCGCAAGGCCAGCCAGACCAGCAUCUUCCUUCAGGAGUGGGACAUCCCCUUUGAGCAGCUAGAGAUUGGCGAGCUCAUUGGAAAGGGCCGCUUUGGGCAGGUGUACCACGGUCGCUGGCAUGGGGAGGUGGCCAUCCGGCUAAUUGACAUCGAGAGGGACAAUGAGGACCAGCUGAAGGCCUUCAAGCGGGAGGUGAUGGCCUACAGGCAGACACGGCAUGAAAACGUGGUUCUCUUCAUGGGCGCCUGCAUGAGCCCGCCCCACCUGGCUAUCAUCACCAGCCUCUGUAAGGGACGGACACUCUAUUCUGUGGUGAGGGAUGCCAAGAUCGUCUUGGAUGUCAACAAAACCAGGCAGAUCGCCCAGGAAAUUGUGAAGGGCAUGGGCUACCUCCAUGCCAAGGGAAUCCUUCACAAGGACCUCAAAUCAAAGAACGUCUUCUACGACAACGGCAAAGUGGUCAUCACGGAUUUUGGACUCUUCAGCAUUUCCGGGGUGCUACAGGCUGGCAGGCGGGAGGACAAACUGCGCAUCCAGAAUGGCUGGCUGUGCCACCUGGCGCCAGAGAUCAUCCGCCAGCUGUCCCCUGACACGGAGGAGGACAAGCUCCCCUUCUCUAAGCACUCCGAUGUCUUUGCUCUCGGCACAAUCUGGUAUGAACUCCACGCCAGGGAGUGGCCUUUCAAGACCCAACCAGCAGAAGCAAUAAUCUGGCAAAUGGGCACAGGCAUGAAACCCAACCUCAGCCAGAUCGGCAUGGGAAAAGAAAUCUCGGACAUUCUUCUCUUCUGCUGGGCCUUCGAACAAGAAGAGAGGCCUACAUUCACCAAGCUCAUGGACAUGCUGGAGAAACUGCCAAAGCGAAACCGCCGCCUGUCUCACCCUGGACAUUUCUGGAAGUCUGCAGAGUAG